AUGAGGGACAUUCUGAGCAUCGGCGGGGAACCCGUCUUCGACGAUCGCAUCGUGAAGAUCGAGAGUCACACGUACAAUCCGUAUGCUAACACCACUUUCGGAUACAGCGACGAGAUACGAAUACCCAUACAACAGCAGGACCUAUACACGCUGCCGUGCGAGAAUUUUCUCUACGUCGAAGGUAGACUGCACGCGAAGAAUAAUCCGCCGCCCGCGUCGAGCGGCGAAUCGGGUAAGCCUGUCUCGGCCUCUAAGGAGCCGUCCGUGCCCUCGACGCCGGCGUGGCUCGUGAACAAUUGCGUCGCCUUUAUGUUCGAGGAGAUACGUUACGAGCUCGAUGGCGUGGAGAUCGAUCGUAAUCGCAACGUCGGAAUAACCAGCACGAUCAAGAACUACGUCUCGCUGACGGCCGAACGAGGCAAGAUCUUGAAGAAUGCCGGAUGGGAUCUCGCGACUGGACCGAGCGGCGUCGCGUCGACGGGCGACUUCAACUUCUGCGUUCCUCUCGACACGCUGCUAGAUUUCUGCGAGGAUUACAGGCGCGUUGUCAUCAACGUCCGUCACGAGCUGAUUCUGCCGAGAGUCGAGCUCGCGAAGAUACAGUGGCGCGUGCCGCACGUGGUGCUGAAUGACGUCAACAAAUUAUCGCUGUUGCGCACGUUGGACAGCGACAGAUAUCUGAGCGCGCCCUUUCGCUUGUGGAAUCUGUACGAGUUUCCGCUCCUGCAGAGCACGACGAAACACUCGUGGGCCGUAAAAGCGGCCACGCAGCUCGAGAAAUCGCAUUACGUCAUCUUCGCGUUGCAGACCGGAAGGAAGAACGUCCUAUCGCAGGACGCUUCCAGAUUCGACGCGUGCAAUCUGACCAACGUAAAAUUGUAUCUCAAUUCCGACUUCUAUCCGUACGACGAUAUGAAUUUGAACUUCGAUAAGAACAAGAUCGCCGUACUGUACGACGCCUACGCGAGAUUUCAACGAACGUAUUACGGAUCCGCGAGCGACGAGACGCUCCUGACUAUGAACAAAUUUCUAUACUGCGGCCCACUCGCGGUGAUAGAUUGUUUCCGCCAAAACGAAGCGAUUAAGAGCGCCACUGUGGACGUUCGUCUAGAAUUCGACUGCAAGGACAACGUUCCUUCUAACAUCACGGCGUACUGUCUAAUCAUUCACGAUCGCAUAGUGGAGUACAAUCCGCUGACGAACGUCGUGCGUAAGAUUCUGUAA